AUGAACAUCGGUCAGGUCCCCCAAUGGGAACGUGUGCGGAUGGAUUAUUCCCACAUGGAAUCACACCCCUUCUUCCCCAAGACACAAGGGCUUGCUGCACCUGCACUGGCGCCAGUGCCAACCCCAGUCCCAGUCCCAGUCCCAGUCCCAGUCCCAGUCCCAGUCCCAGUCCCAGUCCCACCCCCAGCUCCCAAGGUGAUGUCGGUCCCACCGAUCGACUCACUUCCUGUCGAGGCUGCCAAGCUGACGGCUGAUAAGGGGAAGCAGCCGGUUCGGGGGACUCGGCGAGCCAGGGAGGAUGAGUCGGGUGAGUUGGGCAACGUCUCAUGCAAGAAGCAUAGGAUCGUGUCGAAGGCCAUCAUCUCUGACAUCAAAGAUGAUGAUGGCCAGCUGGGCGGGACCAUCAUCGUGGUAAAGCCAUCUAAGGUGGCGGUGCCUCAGACUCCAGCCCCAGCCAAGAAGGUGAAGCAGGUGAGAUUCACCUCGUCCCCUCGGUCAUCACCACUCAGAGAUGUCCAGGCUGACACCAAGGAGCACAUUGACUGA